AUGGACAAAGCAAGGUCUUUUGAGUACGUUUACCGUCUACCAGCGACUACCAUUGAAGAGGUUAAUUAUGGGGAGGCAGUAUAUGAUCGUCAAGUACUUUUAAAUGAAACAUGGGCUUCGUAUGCCCUGCGGAAAGGGCGGCUCGAUGAAAUAGAAGUUGAGCAUGUUAAGUGGAUUACGAGAACCUGGGAUGAGGAAGAACAGGCAAGAUCCAAGCAGCAUCAUGUGUUAUCUAAUGCUGCUGCUGGAGGUGAACGACAAAUUGCCGCUAGAAACGAAAAACUACGACAGAAACAAGAUAAUUCGACUAGGGUAGUUGCACAUAUAAUGGAUUUCCAACAACAAGUGCUCGCUGAUAAGGUGCCCUCUCGUCACAAUCUGCACGUUGACUUUGAUGUUCUUCAACAAAGAAAGUUUCUUGGAGAACAGAACAUUGUCUCUGCGGCGGAACAAAUGUUACGGUUCUUUAUUGGUGAAGGAGAAAAUGGACUGUGUAUUGGACUUUGUUUUAUUGGGGAAUGCCACCGAAUUUUGUUUUCAAUGAGACUUCGAGAUAGAUUACAGAAAGAGGAGGAGGAAAGACAGAGAAUCGCUGAAGAGCAUCGCCGAGCAAUUGAGGAAGAAAGGCUGCGGAAAGAAAUCCAGCAGAAAGAAGAGGAAGAAGCAGAAAGACGUCGAAAGGAGGCUAUGGAAGAAGCCAAAAUUCUUGAAAGAAAACGACGUGAAGAGGAGCGCCGUGCUAGGGCGAGAUCUGAAAGAAAAAGGCUAACACAUCAUCACAAUUCUAUUGAACUCAUUGCAUAUGAAGAGAGCCCUCCGCUACCAGCGAAAGCUAAUGAUACUCCACCAACUAUGGAAGAGGUGCUACCAGUUGUUGAGCCUGACACUGCCGUACCCCAGCUUGAUAAAGGAGGUGUUGUUUAUCGUCGGCCAGAAGGAACUGAUAUUGUUGCACUGAUUAAAGAUGGAUGCGCUAUUUUGGGUUGUGCUGGUGAUACCUCUUACGUCAUGAGUAUUGAUAGGGCUCAGAUGAAAACAACUGUUGUGUGUCAAAAUGGAUGUUAUUUGAUGGAAACAAAAAAUGGCACAUGCUGUCAUCUUUUGGGCAAGACAAUCUCUGAGAAAAAUUCCAUAUCAGUUGCCUCAAAGAAGUUACACGGUGGUGCGGUAAAAUCCUUUGCUGACUACUGUUCUUCCAGGGUUGAGUUUGUUACCAACAGUUCUACAAAUGAUCAAUGUUUUAUGUUUGAUGUUUCGGCAGAAAAGAGGGAUGAAACAGUUGUGUUUUUUCCGAUUUUGCUCUCUGGAUAUAAUCACGCACCAUAUGUUUUUGCGAUGUCCCGUGAUGGGGAUGGCAGCUUUCAACAACAUGAAGUGGAGGAUGCUGCAAAAGUUGUGUGGGAGCUAGGCGUUAUGAUUGAUUUAUGUCUUGAAAAAAAGCGAAGAUCCCAACUAUGCCAGCAAUGCGUUGAUUGGCUUACUACAGUAACCGGCUGCAAAAAUUGUUAUAUAUCAUUGAUAGACGAAAUGCCAGAUUCAAUGUCGUAUGUGGCGGCCUCACCUUCACAUCAGUUCAUGCUCGGUAAAAAGCAUACUCUCGCCGAGGAAAAGAAUGGGUGUGGUAUUAGUUUUAAUGCGUGCACUGAGGCAAUACGUGGCAAUGAGGUUUUGGUGUUUUGUAUCGAUGAUAUUAGCAAUACCGCUAGUAUUCCUUUUGAAAAUCAAAAAGUUAAGACCUUUUUAGAGGGAGAGAAGACAGGGAGCUUACUUGUAGGAACAAUCACUGGUAGAAAACAUGAUGGGGGAUGCACAUCUCUGGGUGUAGUGUUUAUGGAUUGUGUUGACACAAAGAACACUUUCAGAGACUCUGAAAAGGAAAUAUUCAAAACUGCUGUCGAGAUUCUUGCAAGUCUUCUUUUAGGUAAUGAGCAGGCUUUUUCAUUGGGGAAAACGCUAAAAAUUGAGGAUGAACUCCAGGGAUUAGGCCCCUCAUCCAUUGUAUUUCUCAAAUGCUUAUGGAGCCAGACACUAGAAAACCUUAUUCGUAUUACCCCAGGACAAUUGUUGGAGUUGGCAAAAUAUCUUCAUCCACCACCUAUUGUUCCUUUGGUGGUGCAAGCGACACUUAUUGUGGCUCUUGGGUCAAGGCCCCAAAAGGUUGAGAAAUGGGAGGAUGCUCGUGAGAAGGUCACAAGUGGUCUUCUUACGAAAAUGACUGCCUUUGAUCCUACAGACAUCAAGCAAAGAAAAAAGGCCUUUUUCCUGAGAGCCGGAAAAAUGUUGAAAGGGUAUGGGGCAAAAGAUGUUCUUGAAAGGGGGUCAUAUCCAACAAGUUGUUUUUUUUCCUGGACGUUUGCGGCCAUUCUUCUUCGAAAACACGCCGAUAAGUUGCGUAAUAGAAGCACAAAAGAUGGAGCGCUUAUUGGUUUCACUGAUGAAGGUUCAUUAUCAGUAGCGGGGGGUGAUGGUGAUGAUGGUGAGGUUGAUGAGAUGGAAAGCGGUUCGGAGGAAAGUUAG